GGGGGAGGAGGCUCUUUCUUUUUUGGAGUGCUACGAAGAGACAAGCAGUGUUGCCGUGUUUAUUAGAAAGGAGAAAAUAUUAAUCGCACCCCCCACCCCACACACACACACACACACACACACACACACACGACGCUUGGCCGUGACGUCACUUGAGGAAGUCAUUGUAGCGCGCGAGUGCGGGGAUGAGCGGCAAAAGGUUCGAGCGAGUGCGGAGUGUGAUGCGGCAGCCGGACGGAGCACGCCAGCGCUUUGACGCGCAACUUUCACGCAACUUCCAAUAAAAUAAAAAAAAAUUGGAAAAAAAAAAAAGAAAGCUAAAGAAGAAGAAUUGGAUCUGGGGGGGAGAGGGGGGAAGACCUGCGCGUGGAUGCUGUGGAAGUUCACCUGCUGGAUUGUGGACUUAUUUCCCCCUUUUUUCCUUUUUUUUUUUUAAAUUAUCAUUAUUUUUUGCGUCGGCGUGACAACUUUUCGGGGUGGUGCGGGGAGAGGCGCGCCCGGGCUGUUAUGACGACCCCCUCCCGCUAAAAUGGAGACAUCGAGCGGCUCCAGCUUCGGCAUCGACACCAUCCUGGCGGGCGGCCGGGCCACGCCGUCGCCGCCACCGUCCUGCUCGGACGCCGACACGGUGGCCGGCACGGCGCCCUCGUCGCCGCUCUCCGUCACCGCGGAGCACCCGUCGGACCCCGACGCCAACCUCCUCCUCCACCACCACCACCACCACCACCAUCACCACCUCCACCAUCAGCACCAACAACAACAACACCAUCUCAACCAGCACCAGCACCACGGGCCGCCGCAGUCGCCGCCUUCGCAGCCUCCUCCGGCGGCGCCGCAGCCGCCGCCGCCGCCGCCGCACCACCACUUGCUCCUCCCGGCGGCCGGCGCGGGUUGCAGCGGCCCGCGGAGCGCCACCUCGUCGUUCCUCAUUAAGGACAUCCUGGGCGACGGCAAGCCGCUGGCCGCCUGCGCGCCAUACAGCACCAGCGUGUCCAUGUCGCCCAGUAAGGCCGCCGAGAGCGCCUCGGCCGCGGACGCUUUCCGGCCCAAGCUGGAGCUCCAGGACGAGGGCCGGGGCGGCAAGAUGGAGCGCCGGGAGGAGAUGCUGCUGCACGGCGACGUCAAGUGCAACGGGAGCAAAGAGGAGGGCGAGCGCGAGAUCUCGAGCAGCCGCGACAGCCCGCCGGCGCGGACCAAGAAGCCCCGCAAGGCGCGCACGGCCUUCACCGACCACCAGCUCAACCAGCUGGAGCGCAGCUUCGAGCGGCAGAAGUACCUGAGCGUGCAGGACCGCAUGGACCUGGCGGCCGCCCUCAACCUCACCGACACGCAGGUCAAGACCUGGUACCAGAACAGACGGACCAAGUGGAAGCGUCAGACGGCGGUGGGCUUGGAGCUGCUGGCCGAGGCUGGCAACUACUCGGCCCUGCAGCGGAUGUUCCCGUCGCCCUACUUCUACCACCCGAGCUUGCUGGGCUCGGUGGACGGCGGCACGGCGGCGGCGGCGGCGGCGGCCGCCAUGUACAGCAGCAUGUACCGGACUCCUUCCGCGCCGCACCCGCCGCACACGCACCCGGCGGCGGCCGCGGCGGCGGCGGCUGCGGCGGCGGCCGCGGGCAUCCAGAGGCCGCUGGUGCCUCGCGUGCUCAUCCACGGCCUCGGACCGGGGGGACAGCCGGCACUGAAUCCCCUGUCGAGCCCGUCGCACGCGCGGUAGGGACGCAGAAAAACUAACGAACUCAAAAAACACGAAAGUCAUUCGAAUCCACGCGCGCGCGGGGGGGUAAAAGGAGACAAAUGACUCGGGACCACGUGGACUGCUCGCGUCUGAUUGUCCGUUUUUUUCUUUGUCUUUUUGUACAAAAACCCACUUAACAUUAGCAAAUAAACAGUUCAAAGUUUAUUAUUAGAUGGAGACGAACGGAAUGAAUAAAGACGUCAUGCAAACGUACAA